GCGCGCGCGGCCGAAGCCGGAGCCGGAUCCCGGAGCCGGAGCCGGAGCGGAGCGGAGCCGGGGCGGAGCGGGCCGAGCGGGCCGAGCCAGCAGCCGAGCUGGGGGCGCGGGCGGGCGGCAUGUACCGGGCCCGGGCGGCGCGGGCGGGGCCGGAGCCCGGCAGCCCGGGGCGCUUUGGGAUCCUCAGCACCGGGCAGCUCCGGGACCUGCUUCAGGAUGAGCCCAAGCUGGACCGGAUCGUGCGGCUCAGCAGGAAGUUCCAGGGCCUGCAGCUGGAGCGAGAAGCAUGUCUGGCCUCCAACUACGCGCUAGCCAAGGAGAACCUGGCAUUGCGGCCCCGUCUGGAGAUGGGUCGGGCCGCCCUGGCCAUCAAGUACCAGGAACUUCGAGAGGUGGCCGAGAGCUGUGCAGACAAGCUGCAGCGACUGGAGGAAAGCAUGCAUCGCUGGAGCCCCCACUGUGCACUCGGAUGGCUGCAGGCUGAGCUGGAAGAGGCUGAGCAGGAGGCUGAGGAGCAGAUGGAGCAGCUGCUGCUGGGGGAGCAGAGCCUGGAGGCUUUCCUGCCCGCCUUCCAGCGAGGCCGAGCCCUGGCCCACCUGAGGCGGACCCAGGCCGAGAAGCUGCAGGAGCUGCUGCGGCGCCGGGAGCGGUCUGCCCAGCCAGCCCCCACUGCUGCUGCGGAUCCCCCCAAACCCUUCCCUGCUGCAGCUGUCCUGCCCACCGGGGCUGCCCGGGGGCCACCAGCAGUGCCCCGGAGCCUGCCCCCCUUGGACUCCCGCCCAGUGCCCCCGCUGAAGGGCUCCCCCGGGUGCCCCCUUGGCCCAGCCCCUCUGCUGAGCCCUCGGCCCUCGCAGCCAGAGCCCCCCCACCGGUAGGAUCCAGGGUAUGGCCCCCACGAUGGGGGCCCAGACAAACUUGAUGCGUGGCUCCUCCUCCUCCCCAACUGCCUGGGUGGGGGGAGGGGCAGGCCCCUCCCCCUGGCCUCAGGUAGGCCCUGGCCCUGGAGGCUGAGCUGGGGAGGAGGGUCACCUAGAAGAUGCCCUGAGAGAGGGCUGAGGGUGGGGUGGGCAGGGUGUUGUGCCUCUGGCGCUGAGGAAACUCUGCCUUUUUUUUGUCCCCAGUUGGGGCCUCCCGGGUGAUGGGCAAGCCCCAGUGAAAGAACUUGACUCAUGGGGACCUGGGAAGGUGCCCACUUCCCCCAGGGGACCCUGCCACUCCACUGGCCUUGCACGAUGCCAAGGCUGACAGGAGUGUUGUCCAUCAUGUCCUGAGCCUACCUUUCUCCCAGUCUUGGGGCCCACCGCCUAGGAGCCAGGUGGUCAGGCCCCAGCUGCAGGGUCAGGGACAUCAUGGCCCUGGGGCUUUAUGUGCCCCACGUAUGCUCCAGAACCUGGGGCAAGGUAGGUCAGGGGCUUCCGACCUGCACAGGUGAGAGUGGGCCAUCCCCAGGAAAGACCAUUCUGUAUUUUUCUGUCCCGUCUCCUUAGAAUGGAACCUUUUUGAGGGCAGGUCCUUGUCUUUGUAUGUUCUGUCCCCAGCCCCGCCUCCCAGGGGCCGUCAAUAAAUGUGAUGAUGAGGAUGA